GAAGUCAGGAGACAUCAGCGGUCACUGGUCAGCAUGGCUCGAUACAUACACAAAAUAAUCAAUUUUCAAGGUAGUUUAACGCUUACUUAUAUGUCAAAGAUUACCGGAAAUAAAUAUUUGAAGGAAUCUGUUAGAAAGUUCUCUUGUACGUUCAUAAACUUCGAAAAACCGUUUUGCAAUGUUGGAACGAUAGGUCAUGUUGAUCACGGAAAAACAACUCUUACCGCCGCAAUGACAAAAAUCUUAUCGGAAGAACUAGGGACAACCAAAGCUGUGAAAUUCGACGAAAUCGACAAAGCACCAGAGGAGAAGAAAAGAGGUAUUACCAUAAAUGCCGCACAUAUUGCUUAUGAAUCAAACAAAAGACGGUAUGCUCACACUGACUGUCCAGGCCACAUAGACUUCAUAAAGAAUAUGAUCACAGGAACAGCUCAGAUGGAUGGUGCUAUUCUUGUAGUAGCUGCAACAGAAGGAACUAUGCCACAAACUCGAGAACAUGUGUUACUUGCCAAACAAAUUGGAGUCAAACAUCUAGUGGUGUACAUCAAUAAAGUUGAUGCUGCAGAUGAAGAAAUGGCAGAGCUUUGUGAAAUUGAAGUCCGAAUGUUAUUGGAUGAAUAUGGAUAUAAUGGAUCAGAAGUCCCUGUGGUAUGGGGAUCUGCACUAUGUGCAUUGAAUGGGGAAAAUGAUAAGCUUGGGAAAGAAUCUAUUUUAAAGUUAGUCAAUACACUUGAUGAGUAUGUGCCAAUACCAGAACGAAAUUUGUCAGCUCCAUUUGUUUUUCCCAUUGAGACAGCCGUGAAAAUUCCAAGUCGUGGUACAGUUGUCGUUGGAACUUUAAAAGAAGGUGUUAUUAAUAAAGGUGAUGCUGCUGAAAUCAUUGGACAGGGAGUCUCCGUUCUGACAUCAGUUACUGACAUUGAAGUGUUUCAUGAAUCAGUACCAAAACUUGUGGCAGGUCAAAAUGCAGGGAUUCUUUUGAAAGCUGUAAAACAGACUAACAUUACUCGUGGUAUGUUCUUAGUAAAACCUCACACAGCCAGUCAGCAUACUUAUUUCGCAGCUAAAAUUUAUGUACAGACUAAAGAGGAAGGAGGACGUACCAAGCCACUCAGAAAUGAGUAUCAACAGCAACUAUUUUGUUCAUUGUGGUCCAUGGGAUGUAUCGUUUACUUGCCAGAAGAUUUACCUAUGAUCAUGCCAGGGGACACUGCAGAUGUCAAAAUAUUGUUACGUCAACCCAUGAUUUUAAAGGCUGGACAACAGUUCACUAUCCGUGAAAAUCAAAUAUCAUCUGUGACUGGAAUUGUGACAGAAAUCUUACCUUCUCUUAAUGUUGAAAUUAAAGGGUUUACAUACCUUAAGCCCCAAGCCCCAGUAAAAAUAGAAGGAAAGAGAAAAAGGAAAUAAUGAAAAUAGAAAAUUUUG